UUUUAGGUCCCAAAUGUGACCUCUGAAAACAGCUCUGCAAUUCAAUGCAGCCCUUUGGAUCAAAGGGAUUCACCUUCCUUGUCUUAACUGACUAUUCAUAGGGGACAUGUUGGUGUCUUCUGCUUAAUGCUGGUCCAGAUGAUGCUUCCACCUGCAAAUGUCUUGGAAUCAUGGGGGGUGAAGUUUGGUGAGGCGUCAGAACUCUUUGACAGAGAAGACCAAAGACCUUGCAAAACUACAACUCCCGGGAUUCCAUAGCAUAGCCAUGGUUGUUAAAUUGGUAACAAACUGCAUUCGUUCCUCUUCCAUUCUUUCCAAGAUGCGGCUGAAAUGCCAAAGCUGAAAGACACAUUUUCCAGGAUCUUGUUCUUCAUGGAGGAGAAAGGCACGGCCAAUGUACCCUUCCGAAUAGGCAUCUCAGAAGCUGCAGAAGAGAUCAAGGAAGAAGUGGCAAAACUCAAAAAAGCUUCAGCCUGCAUUCCUCCAUGUGGGUUCCAGAUAAAUGCCCGUUACUAUAUCUGCACAUCUUGUAGUUUUGAGGACUGCCAGUUGCCAAUCGAUUGCCCAAGUACAUUCUCUUUGGUUCUUCCUGUGAUUUUCUUUCUAAGUAAGGUGACUUGAUAGUGGGAGAUUGGAUGAUGAUGGUAGGAAAUAAACUUUUGCGCCCAGACUCUAUUAUAUUAUUUCCCAGAUGAAAACUGAGAUACAUAUGGCCAAGCAAUGUAGAGAGUUGGGUUGUUGUAGGUUUUUUCGGGCUAAUGUAGAGAGUUUCCAAAAUGGCAAAAAGUAUGAAUGGGGGGAAAUACUCAAACUAGGAAAUGAUGCACCAGUUUGCUUUUGCCUGAGCCAACUGGGAAGGGGAAGAAUUUUCUCCGUUCCUUUCUUUCUUUUAUAGCCAUUUCAUCACACUGGAG